AUGAUUGGCCAACGUACAGUACACGAAAUUGAAACAGUGCUUGUGAAGUUGUGUAGCUGAAAAUCUCUACAGAAAGUCUAGUAUUUUUCACAGUGUAAAAUUCUUUUUUUGCAGUUUUUUUUGGACGAGUACAUGCCAGAAUGGCUGAUGUAGAGAUGAUGGAGUAUGUCGACGAUGUGUAUGAAAUGGAUUGCCCGAAAUUUGUCGAUUUUAGCGUGCCUCAAGUCGUGGACGACAACGCCGAUGAGUGGUUCAACUUUGACCACGAGAAUGGAGUCCCUCUCACUUUUGAUGAUAAAGCCGUCAGCCCCACAGCCCAAGAAACUCCAACGUCGCCUCUCCCUCAAGUCCCCCAAGAAUCACACAGUGUUGUCGGACAUUCAGAAACAGAUACUACACUGCAGGAGUCAUCAGCUCCUGAGAUUACAACCUCAGAAAAGCAGAAAUAUGCUUCACCAAGCGACGAUGUUUCAUCUGCUGAAUCUGAGACUUGUGAGAUGUCAACUGAUAGCAUGGAAGACAAGCCAGCAGUUCCUGAGAGUGCUGUCUGCAACGUAACAGACGAUGAAGCAACAGUGCAGGAAUCCUCAGAUGCAGAGCAAACACAAGCCCUGCCCUCAUCUUGCGUAGAUUCAUCUACAGCUGAGAUGUCAACCGACAGCCUAGAAGACAAGCCACAGAAACCCCAGAUGCAAGAAUCACCGAAACCUCGCAAGCGGUACGGCAACCUUGUCACCAGCUUUGCCAGGAGAGAUGAAGACACAACCACUGCAAGCAGCGAUCACAGCAAACUGGAACAGAAAAAGCCUCGUUCCCGACAACGAUCUGUUGAAGUUGUCUCAAGACCAACACGCAAAUCACCGAGGCUGCACAGCCGACGCUCCGCUGAACCGACGAGACUAAAGCGCCCCAGUAUCGCCUCCCAAGCCAUCAAGAGGCGCUCUGCCAACUCGGCACUGGGCCAUCCGCGCAGCAGGGUGUUGUCCACAGACCAGCCAAUUAGCAAGCGGCGUAAGAUUGGCAGUGAGGUUACCCCGGCCGGCCGGCCAGAUGCAAAGAAAUCCUGCCCCAAGUUGAAAGCAAAGAUCAACCUGACGAUGCCGACCACUCCCACAUUACUAAAACGCAAUUUCGCCAAGCCCAACACCCAGCUGAAGACCACCGAGCAGAUGGAGCUGGACAGGAUUGCCCAGUUCCAACACAAGCUGGCCGCCAUCCGCAAGAAGUCGGCCCUGUCCUACAAGGCUGUCAAGGAGUCUGUGCCGGUCGCACCGGUCCAUGCUGCCGUCCAGCCGACCAGACCCGAGGAGUUCAAAUUUGAGACGGACGCUAGGCUCAAGAGCCACACAAUGGAGACUAGGAAAGACACCAAGAACAAGGACUUUGUGGGCAAUCUGCGGAAAUAUGUGCCAUCUCCAUCCAAACCACAUGGCAUCACCAAGCCCAGGCCGUUCAACUUUUCAGACAACCGGAAGCGAACCCAUGAGGAAUCCUUCUCUGGAGAGAAGAAGGGCUACGAGUUCAAACCGACUGCACUAGCUGUCAGCCAGUUCCAUACCAAGACCCCAGACCGAUUCCGAUCCAAGCCCCUCUCUGAGCAAAACAAAGGACCUGAGCCUGCUCAUGAUCGGCCCAAGAAGGCCAAACUAACCCAGCCCAUGACUCCUGCCUUGGAGUCACGGAAUCGACACAGACCAGUCACAGCCAUCAGCCAGGCACAGCGGGAAGAACAGGAGCUGGCUGACAUGAAAAAUUACAAGUUCAAGGCCAGGCCCGUGGAUCCCCGCGUUAUGAGUAACAUCGCCGUCGGUGUGAAGACGGUCCAUCACAAGGAGCCUACCAAACCCAUCGGCUUUGACUUGGAGAUUGAGAAACGACUGCUGGAGAGAGAGGCUAACAAGGUGCAGACUGAGGAGCGUUAUGAGUUCAGAGCAAGACCCCUGCCGGCUAAGAUCCUAGCUGGCCCUGUGGGUAUUGCCGAGGCUAAAGCUGCAGCCGUCACUAUUCCCAAGUCGCCGGCGUUUGCUCUCAAGGAACGAGUCAAGGUCUACAAAGAGAAAGAACGGGAGAAGGAAAAAGACUCGGAGCAUGAUAGCUCACACAUCAUCAAGGCCAGGCCCAUCCUCCAUGCCGGGGUGCCCUUCAUGCCCAACAUCCAGCACAAGAAGACCGAGCCAGAACCCUUCUCCUUUGAUGAGAAGAUCCAGGAGUCCAAGGCUCGCAAGGAGGCCAAGAUACAGGAGACAUUACGAGAGGAAGAAAGAGCUCGUCAGUUCCGUGCCCAGCCGUUACCAGAUCUGACCUGGUGCAGUGGUGUCCCUGAUAAGAAGGUGAAACCUCCCACCCAGAUGGCCCCCUUUAGCGUGGCCGAGAAGGGUGCCAAGCAGGCUGAAGAGUGGAGCAAGAAGAUGGAGGAAGAAAUCCGAGAUUGCAAGCGUAUGGCCAAUGCCUUCAAAGCUAAGCCAGCCAACAUCCUGUAUGAGGAACCGUUUGUGCCGGAGAAGUCUACCAAGCCAAUGACAGACAUUUCCAACUUCUCCCUGAACACGGAGCGGCGGGCCGACGACCGCAAGGGUUACGAGCAGGCCAAGUAUGAGCGUCAGCUGGCCCAAGACACGGCCCAGGCCCAGAGGGAGGCGGAGAAGGAGGAGGAGUUGCGACAGCAGAUCAGCAAGCAGCGGGCCGACUCCAUCCACAAGGCCAAGCCGGUCAGGCACUACAAGGCCGUGGAGGUGCUUCCCAGCACCAAGCCCCUGACCCAGCCCAAGACCCCCAAAUUCUCAGACAGGACACGGAGAAGCUCCCAUACGUCGUAAAAGUGGCCUUAGGACAGACUAGACCGAUUUAUUCUACCCCGCCUACUGCACAUGGGCAACAUCACAUGUCUGCCAUCAAUGCCAAACUGCAUGUUCAAGCUGCGCGCAUCAUAUGCACAGGUACGUGUACACCUGUCAUACAUGUACAUGUACACCUGUCAUGUACAUGUACACCUGCCAUGUACAUGUACACCUGUCAUGUGCAUGUACACCCGUCAUGUACAUGUACACCCGUCAUGUACAUGUACACCUGUCAUGUGCAUGUACACCUGUCAUGUGCAUGUACACCUGUCAUGUACAUGUACACCCGUCAUGUACAUGUACACCUAUCAAGUACUUGUACACCUGUCAUAUUUUUGUCUACUCAUUAGACGCUUAACCACAACUGUGAAUGGUUCAAACAUCGUGGGGCGGGGUUCAAUGGAUCAAUCUAUUGUUAGUCAAGUCCAUCACUUGUCAUUCAUAGGACUUCCAAUCUCAAGUCAAUUGACUAGCUAUUCAAGUGAAUUGUUACAAAGGCAUUUCUUUGUCGCCAUUUUCCAUCUGUCAAUGUUAUAGGUGACCCUUAUUGUGAUUUGACUUGUGAUUGUCUUGUGGAUGACUUGUCUGCAACCCUGUCGUUGGAGUUGCUUUAAUCACAAGUCGGUGUGGUUUUUAUAUAUGGCAUCUGUUUUAAAUAAUUUUAGUUUUUAAAUGAAGUAGUUUUCCUGUGAAUAAUUUGGAUAAUACUAGUUGCUGGAAAUUUGGAUGCACCAUUAUAAGCUGGGUGACCAUAACUUCAUAAGGUUACGUCGGUAAUGGCUGGCGCAUUGUGCCUGCCUAUUUUUUUUCUCGAAAUAACAAUUAUCAUUCAGUUCUUUGUUGUAGUUGGCAUAAUACAGCCUCCAUUUUGAGGGAUACCCUAGGAGCUUACGCUGAUUGGUUUAUGUGUUCUUGGCCCUUAGAGGGCGCCCUUUCUCUUCCCAUCAGCAGAAUCAGCAUCGCAGAAACAAGGUUUCUGCAUGCUCGUAUUAUGCCAACUGUGAAAGGGGGGAUGAGUAUGUCAUAUGCCAACAAGUUUCUUGGCAUCUUAUAUUCUCCCAAUCCAGGAUGUGCGUUUGAUACCCACUUAUGACUUUGUUGUAAUGAGAUGGAUUGCGAGAUCUUAGUGUCUUGAUUGUUUGUUUUGUUAAUGUGGAAAUGGCAACUGUUAUGUCUUAAUAUUCUUUUGCAGAAUUGGCUGAUGUGUUACUGUCCAUAUCUUAAAAACUAACGCCCUGAAAACUUUUGUGAAAUAUUUGUAACUUUUGGCUCUAAAUUUUAGCUGUGGUGGCCUCCUGACCUAAGAUUUGUCUAAAUCUUUUGUUCUACACCAAAAAAUCCACGUACAAAUAUCAAUUUUGAUAUAUUUUUAAUCCCUAGUAAUUGACAUGUUUGGUUGAAACAUACUUUGUUAACAUUCAAGCAUUUUUGUUUUUGUUACUUAACACAUGUACCAUAUAGCACUAAUUAUUUUCUCUAAUCUUGUAAAUAUACAAAAGGUCUUUUUCCUUUUUGUAAAUCAGCUUUUUGAAUACAUGUAACAUAAUAAGCUGCUUUUUGUCUGUAACGCGUACAGCGAAUUGCAGUAUUGCACAGUUAUUGAGAGUAAGGAUUUCAGCUUAAACAUUUUCAAAACAGGAAGAUUUAACAAAAAAAAAUGCAAUGCAUUAACAAAUAGUUUAUCACAAGCAAAAAAAUGGAAUUGAGAUCUGUUAUGAUUUGCUGGCUUGUAGAAGAACAGAUACUUCCAAAAGCAUACAUUGGAGCUUAGUAUAGCCAAAUGCACCCAGGUUUUAUGAACUGAGAAAUGAUACUGUAAAGUUAAUUUUUUACGGAGUCCAAAUUUUGUACAGGCACAGAUCUGAUUAUUGCAAAGUGGUAUUCCUUUAAGCAUUCUCUAACAUUCUUACAGCAUUUAGCCAUUGUCGUGUUGAAAUUUAUCACAAUUUGGGUUCCUUGUAUGCCAGGCCCCAUGCAGCUUGAUGGCACCAGCGAAGUUUGUUUUGUGAUGCGUGAUUGGAUUUUUUCGGGGGGGGGGGAUUCAAAGUCUCUUCCCACAGUUUAACAAAAUACAAUUAUUUAACUUGGCUGUAGGGUCAUACAAUUAACAGUUUGGUGAUGGGAGAAUCUAGUGAAAUUGAAAACAAUUUUUAAAACAACCAAAGACAAAAAAAUGCAGAACCAGCUAGAAUUAUACUAAUUUUGAAGGUUCAAGUUGUCUUGACGUUUGAAGCUCCGUCGAAUAUUCUUAUUUUUCCCCCCUCCAUUGUAAUUGUGGUCGUGGUAUUUCGUAGUAAGUAGAUAUUUGUACAGUAUGUUUGUAUUAUACUGGUAGUGUUUCUAUUGAUGUUUUUGCCAUUGUUUUAGUGUACACAGACAUGAUUUUAAACUUUGAUGAUUUUUGAUAAUGUUGUGGCGGAAUGGUUUGUAAGACAGAAUAUUUGUCCCGGAAAAAGUGUUAAUAAUAAACACAAUGUACCUAACACAAUAUUCAAAACUGUA